AUGACGCUGGGAUACAUGGCGCCAACAGGCCAGGACAAAAAAGCAGGUCUAGAUGGCAAAUUCGUGCUCCAUUACGAUGCGCGCAUGCGUUUUGUCACGACUCUGCUUCCCUCAUUGAAAACAGCUGCACAAGGUACCUCGGUCGCCGCCGACGCCCGCCUGUCUCGCGUGGUCUCGGUCUUGGAUCCACAUGUCGUUAUCCGCCCGAGCGGCGCUGAACUGCUCAACUCUGAUCUUAAUCUGAAUAGCACCUUCAAUCUCGCCACAAGUGGUGUGCAUGCCAGCCUUAUGGGUGGUUUUUUCUUGGAAUUUAUGGCGCUCCAGGAGGAGGGGCAUUUGUUUGCGGCGACGAAUGCAAAACUUCCUCCCAAAUUUGAUGGUGAUAGCAUGGAAGGAGAUGUCGCAGUUGGCAGUGAUGGAAUUCGGGGAAGUGGCUCCUAUUGGGCUUAUUGGGAAAGUGUGGUAUUCUUACCGAACACAAGUCUAUAUAAGAUUAGAGCGGAGGUCGCGAUGAGGAAGGUAGGGCAGCAUACGCAUGAAGUGUUUCAGCGGGUGUGGUGCGAGGAGAUAUCCCUGAUUGUUCGUGGAGGUUUGUGA